GCGUGUGCGAGCGCUACACACCACGGAUAAACGAGAUCGCCCUUACUUCCCAAGCAAAGCUCGAACCGUCCGGACGUGUAUGCGUGUGUGCCGACACUUUCGGGUCUGUGACGACGGUGUGUGUUGUUUCGGUAAAGAAAGCAGAGCGGGCAAAAAGGAAAACGCUAGAAACACCGAGACACACCCCCUCCCCUGCUUCCCACCCACCAGGCUCGGCGGGGAGGGUUGUUGCGCUUGUGUAUGCACACAUAUACCUACAUAGCGACAUACACAUACAGGAAAGGUGCAAAAGUGCGUGAAGUGAGUGCGUGCGUGUGCCGGUGGAUGCGCUUUUGACUGGAAGCGUUAGCGCUAGAUUCCGGCGAGCGGAAGUGGCAACACCACCGGCCAACCCGUAACCGACCCGAGUGUGCAACCAGUGAGACCAGAAUAGUAGAAAAAGAAGAAGAAAAGGAGAAAAAAAAACAAAACGAAAAAAAGCGGGAGACCACCAUCCCCCAACCACCCAGCCAGGAAGUGCAGUUCGAGUGGGGCGCGAUUUUCAUCGAUUUUCGGCCCGUUGGUGGUGUGCGUAGUACGUGUACCGGCCAAACAGCAAGAUGCGUCCAAACAGUGCGUGAUACAGUGCGAGUGUGUGCGUGUGUGAGAGAGAGAAAGUGUGUGUGUGUCUGCGCCGUUCUCGUGUGACGACACGUGUGUGCAAUACACGCUUGCAAGCGUGCUAGUGUGUGUGUGUGUGGGAAGAAGAUUGUGCAUUUGUGUCUGUGAGCCGACCGCUCGACGUCGCCGUUUGUCAACAAAUCGUCACUCAAAUCGACACUCGACCGGUGUACCGUUCUUCCCCACCACCUUCCCCUACCACCCAAUCCCCAACUAUCGGCACACACUAUCAGUGGCAACAAUCAAACGCAAACAGCGGACGCACAACGUACGCCCUGCAAUCAACCGAACCAAAGCGGCCCGUGCGGUAAAUCGUGCAGCGCGGGAAGCGAAAAGGAAAGCAGGACAACCCGUAGCAGCAGCAGCGACAGCUUCGUUGGUCGAGGUCGUGCGUUCGUGGCAGGCACGGGGCAAGCGAAAGUCGCCGAAACUGUAGCCGAGAUAAAGCCCGCGUGCGCGCGCGCGUGUGUGUGUGUGUGUAAGACAGAACGGAAAGGAAGAAACGACGACUCAUUUGCAUCUCGCAGCACGAGCAUCGGAAUCAGUCGUCUGUGGUCCUGCAUCGAGUGCGGUGCAUCCUUUAUCCUCCCUUCACCAUCAGCUCCUCCACCACCACCAGCGUCCCCAAAAAUCCCAUCCAACCCGUUAAUUGUGAUCCCCCCGUGGGGGGGCCGAAGUGCGUGUGCCAUCGGCGCGUGAGCGUUUGGAAAAGAGCUGCCGGCGCAGGUAUGACGUUCCCUGCCGCUACCGAUGCCGCCGACCGUUCGCAGUAGGACGGUGCCGCUGAACCAACGCCGGCACAACUCGUCAGCAGCAGCAGCAGCAGCAGCAGGAUGGCCGAUAAUGGGUGCCCACCGGCCCGGGGCAGCCACCCGGGGCCACAUCUUGGGCGGCCGCACCAUCCGAUCGGGGCCGGGCCACCGACCCACGCCACCGUCCCGAAACCGGCUUCCAAUGCGAUCAUCGCGGCGGGCCUGAUAAGCGGACCGAGAAUCGUAAUUCUGCACCGGUACAAUGGCGACUUCGGCUUCACGCUGCGGCACUUCAUCGUCUAUCCGCCGGAAUCCCUGACGGAACACGCGAUCAAUCCGCUCACUGCGGCGGGCGUGCUGAACUUUGCCCAACCGAUGGACACGGUGUUCGUGAAGAAGGUGCACCCGAACACGCCGGCCUACCUGGCCGGUCUGCAGGAGGGCGACCGGCUGCUGGCGGUGAACGGCGUUCCGGUCACCUCCAUCCCGUACUCGCAGGUCGUCGCCACGAUCCAGCAGACGCCGAAAACGCUCACCCUGCAGGUGGUGCCGAAAAACUACGACAUCCUGCAAACGUUUUUUAGCGAAACCGCCCACAACCCCGAAACGAACCAGCGGCCCCAGCCGCAACAGCCGGUCGUGUACGCACCGAAGCCGGCAUCGUCGGCUACCGGGGCCUACCCGAAAUCGAAACCGGCCCAUGGCCCGCCGCCGCAACCGCAGCCGGCCACGGCGAUCGUGCAGCACCAGCAGCACCAGCCGCUCUCGGUCGAGGGCGUGCAGGAGAAGCAGGAGUCGCUGUACAGCACGCUGCAGGAGAUCGUCGCGGACAAUGUGGCGGUGACCGGUGGUGCCCCAGCGAAGGCGGCCCAGAUGCUGCCGCUGCACGCCGACGUGCCAAAGAUGCUGAGCCACGGGCCGGGCAUGGGGCCGAUGGCCGCGCACCAUCUGCCAGUACCGCUGCCGAAGGCCAAACCGUACGAGUACGAUCCGCUCAAGCACCAGCAACAGUAUAUGCACCAGCAGCACCAGCAGUUUCUGCAGAAGAUUGCCCUGCCCGGUGGCAGGGAGGGCGAACUGGGCGAGGCUGCCGGGUACGGUGCACCGCUCGCCGACGGCGACAACGCGAUCAUGAACCGGAUGCGCAAGAGCCUCGAGCAGAAGGAGGAGUUCCUGCGGCGACCACCGACAACGGGGGCGGCGCUACAGGCCACCCCGGCCGCCGGCCACGAUGUGCAGCAGCGCGAGUUUUACGCCCGCCCGAACCGGCUCCAGAAAUCGGUUUGGCCCCCGACGCAGCCCCUUUCGCCCGGCUUCUCGGGUGCGGGCGGCGACAAAGCGCCGGCCCCUACCACACCGUCGACCAGCACGAACGCAUCGCCCACGGCCGCCGUUGUUUCACCGCCGGGCCCGAAACCGCCAACCAACGCUGGCGGCGGCAGCACGACCAACGGUGUGAUGCGCGAGCACGCCUCGCAGCUGUCCGCGAUACGGGAGCACUUCUUUACCGGUGGCGUCGGCGGCUCGCUCCAACUGCCGCCCAAAUCGGCCCCACCGUCGCUGGCGAUUGCACCGGCCGCCAUUACGGUGCCGGCCGGACCUUCUUCCCCGACCGGCGCGGCAACAGUACCCCUUUCUCCGCAUAGCUUACAUGCGGUGUCGGAGAAGGCAAAGCUAUUCGAGUCGGGCCGGCCACUGUCGCCGGAAGGCAUCGACCGGAUGGAUCUGUACAAGAGCGAACUGAGCCGCAUCAACACGAAACAGGUCGUGCCGAAUGUGGCCGUGCGCAGAAAGGAGUUUGAGCUGAAGGCCGAAAGUACGGGAUGGCGCAAAUCGAUCGACGACAAACCCCGCUCGAUCAGCUCCGAUUCGGAAUCGCGCCGCACGCCGGUUCGACUGCGAUCACUAUCAGUAGAGUCCAAUGCAACGCGCGAUUCGCGCCACUCGCUCGCCAGCUCCACGCCGCAAGCGACCGACGCCGCGUUCGACACGCUCGAGAAGGAUAAGGAAAACCAGCAUCAGCCGCAGCAGCAGCAGCAGCAGCAGUCGAGUGUGGUACCGCCCCCGAUGCCGAUGCUGCGCCAGAAGCCGAUCCGGGACGAUUCGUACCGCAGCGCGGUGCGCAACUCGACAGCGUUCUGGCUGCAGGGUCCGGUUCCAGCAGCAGCAGCAGCAGCAGCAGCGCACGGUGGCGGCGUCGGCGGCGGCACCGGUACCGGCGACUCGUCCUCGGCCGUAUCGCUCGCGUCGGACGGCGAGCCGCCGAGCCGACCGGUACCGCCGGUCCGCACGUACGCGGCCGCCCACCGCCAGCAACAUCCGCUGUCCGCGGCCGACACCGAGCAGAUGCGCAAGAAGCAGCUGCACCGCAACCAGACGAUGGUGGGCCUGCACCACCUGCUCGACGGGGAGGACGGCGACGGUCCGCUCGGCGACGUCGAGAUGCUGCACCGCAUGCCGCCGCUGACGUCGCCCCCGUUCGCACCGCUGUCGCCGCUCGCGGUCGCAUCGUCCGUCACGUCCACCUCGUCCGUGCCGCUGGCCCAUCUCGGGGCGCUCGGGGAGCAUCCGGCAGGAGCGGCCGGCACGACGCCCCAGCAGCUACCCCCACCACCCGGCGGCUUCCGUCCCGUGGCCGGACCGAUGCGUCCCACCACGCUCAACCUUUGCCCAGAUGCCGCCCUGCCGACGGUGGUGAUGCGCCAGAAGCAGCCGCACCAUUCGCUGCUGCUCGACGACGAGGAUCGCAAGAUGCGCCGGGUGUCGUACCUGCGGGCGACCGCCCACGACAACCUGUUCCAGAUGCUGGAGAGCGACCCGGACAGCAGCCCGAUGUCGCUGCCGCCGGCCGACACGCCCGACACCGAUCCGACCGAGCCGGCGUCCUCCACCGUCGAGCUGUCGUCCGGGCUGGCGACGACGGACGAGGGGGCACCGGCGUCCGGCAAGCUGCAACCGCAGCAGCUCAAGAGUGCCUACCGUCCAUGGCGCAGGCCACGUCUUACCACCGACAUUCAGCCGCUGCGGCGCCUGUUCGACCCGGAAGCCGACCUGGCUGUGCCGGCCCUUCCGCCCAUCCUUGAAACCGAACCGUUCACCUCUGCGUCCGCCUCGAAAAAGCGCUCCCGGCCCCUGCCAACACCACCCCGACUGCCAAACGACGACGACGACGCGGACGAUGACGACGCGGAUGACGCGGACGAGGACGAGGUCGGUGCGGCUGGCACGCGCCCGGCACGACCGGCAAGGGCCGUAAAGGGGCGGUCAGCUUCCCUGGUGACGACUACCCCGUUCGGCAGCGCUGCUGGCGGUGGCCACCGGCUGUUCGGGGCGCCCGGCAGCCUGGGCAACCUGCACGUCAUCACCACGACGACGGCGGGCGGUAUCGUCACGCGCAACUACUUCUUCGCCCAGAGCCACGGCACCAAAUCGAAGGCACUGGCCCACUUCCGGGACGGCGGAGCGGCGGACAGCACGGAACCGGUGGUGCGCGAGGGCGAACUGCACGUCAAGGUGACGCUGAUCGACGGCAAGCGGUCGGCCGACCGGAGCUGGCGCACGGUGCACGCCGUGCUGCGCGGCCACCAUCUCAAGCUCACGCUGGUGCGCGAAGGAAAGAACUCCAACCAGAGCCCGGAACCAUGCGGUACGAUCGAUCUGACCAACUUCCACGUCACCGAGGGCAACUACACGAAGCGCAAGAAUGUGUUCAAGCUGACCACGGCCGCCGGUUCGUACUGUCCGCUGGAGGCGGCCGCUGCGGCCGGCUUCGGCGGCCACGCCGAGGUCCAUCGCACCCAGUCCGCCUCCGGGCUGGCGACGGUGGGCGGCACCGGCCCGGGCAGCGGCACCUGUGCGUCGUCCGUACGCAGCGCGUCCACUGCCGGGCUGCCCGGGUCGGAGCGGGAGCUGCUGCUGCAGGCGGACAGUCACGGCGACAUGCAGGGAUGGAUGGAGUCGCUGCGGCUCGUGUGCGGUAGCACCGGCCAGCUGCACAGUCCGGAUUAUCUGAGCGGACGUGGAGGGCAACAGGCCGAGCCGCAGCGCGUCGCAGCCCAAACGAGCGUGCAGGUGCAGGGCGGAAGCGUGGGCGGCACCGGCUCGAACAGUGGCGACGACUACUCGCCCGUGCUGCCGGCCAAGUCGCAGCGCAAGUAUGCGCUCGGGUCGCGCUCCCCGUCCGGCCAGUCGCCGGUCACCAAGAGCCGCAAGACGCCGCAGGCUGGCUGCAGCUCGCCGACCGACAGCGCCGACCAGUCGAUCGCGUCCAGCUCCAAUCAACCGGCGUACCAUCAACCGCCCCACCACUACCAACAGCAGCAGCAGCAGCAGCACCACCAUCACCAUCAUCACGGCGCGAAGGAUAGCUCGGAUCGGGAGAGCGGCUCGCCCAAGUCGAAAACCUGGAAGGGCAUCAUGGCGGCCAAGUUCCGCAAGAUGCAGUGGCAGCCGGCGGCCGCCGACCUGCCGGACAACGCGCCGACCGGCCUGCCGCUCGAGCUGUGCCCGGUGUCGAGCCGCAACCGGUUCCUGCCGCUGGUGGUGGAGAAGUGCAUCAGCGUGGUCGAGUCGAAGGGCCUGCUGGUGGUGGGCAUCUACCGCAUCCCGGGCAACACGGCCGCGAUCGCCGCCCUGACCGAGACGAUCAACCGCGGGCUGGACGAGGUGGCGCUGAACGAUCCGCGCUGGGACGACGUGAACGUCGUGUCGUCGCUGCUGAAGGCGUUCUUCCGCAACCUGCCCCAGCCGGUGCUGCCGGACGCGAUGUACCGCGGCUUCAUCAGCGCGGACCAGCAGAGCGGCCAGCGGCGCCUGAUCGCGCUGCGCCAGAUGCUCGAGCGCAUACCGCGCAUGAACUACGAGACGCUCAAGUACCUGAUGCGCCACCUGGUGCUGGUGACCGCGCACAGCGAGGCGAACCUGAUGGAUCCGCGCAACCUGGCGAUCGUGUUCGGACCGUCGGUCGUCCGGUGCACCAGCGACUCGAUCCAGUCGGCCGUCAUGGACAUGCGCCACCAGUGCCAGAUCAUCGAAGUGCUCAUCAUCUACUACGCCUACUUUUUCGAGGAAGGGCUGCUGCCGAGCGCGGAGGAAGCGCAAAGUGCGGCCGGCUCGGAGGCCGACGCUGGGCCGGGCGCCUCGCUGCUGCUGGAGAAUGCCGGUAGAAUCGAGCGUAAGUGUCUGCUCCUGCGCGCCCUCCUGCACUUGCUCCACGUGCGCAUACACUGGAAGCGCUCCGGAUCGUACGACGUUAAGCCGCAGUAGCUCCCAUCUUGGACCAUAUACAUCCUUUCUUUUUUUUACAUACUUCACAUACAUAUCGUUAGCCAACAAAUGGCGCUACAGCGUAUUGCAACAGAGUGCGGCACCGCGUGACACAUUCACAGGAAAUGCGUUCCUUUUUAGUAUUAAAAGGGCCGCACUCGCUGGUGCGAAUCUCUCUCUCUCCCUUCUUGCCAAGUAUCGUGGCUCUACCACGCUCUCUUAUUAAGCUAUUGUAGUAUCUACACACACACAGCACUAUAUCAUGCAAAGCACCGUGUGCCAUCUAUAUAUUUAUUUGCCACAGCAAACACCCAAAAAGUAAUUCGAAUGCCAGGACAAAAUCUCUCAGUAGGAGAAAACAGAACACCAAAUCUGUUAGUACAAAUAGCGCAAAUAGGUCAGAUAAUAGGCCCAAAGUUACUAUAAAAUGCUUUUUUUUUUAGAAAAAUUGACCGUACAGUCGAAAUGUAUCGAAAACCCGUAACAAAAGGCGUGCGUGCAAGACUUGCGGCAAAGAUUUAAUUGCACCUUUCCCUCCCUCCGGUGCUAGUGGUUUCGUAGAUGUAGAGUAGAAGCACCACAACAGCACUAUUGUAGCACUAAGAUGGAUUACAAUCCCGUCUUUAUAUGCACUUUUAAUCCCCCGUUUUUUGCACUUGAAAACAAAAGUACACGAGCUAGAAAGCAAAAA